UAUGGUAAGAACAAAGAACACCGCUCGUAAGACAAUAUCAGGUUGUACUAAAGGACGUCUUGCUGUGAAAGUAGCAAAGAAGACUGCUCCUUAUUUGGGGGGAGUCAAGAAACCUCAUAGAUUCCGACCUGGCACUGUUGCUCUGAGGUAUAUAUCAAACAUGGCUAGGGAAAUCAGAAAAUACCAGAAGAGCACUGAAAAUCUCAUCCGAAAACUACCAUUCCAAAGACUAGUGAAGGAAAUUGCGCAAUAUUUCAAAACGGACCUAAGAUUUCAGAGCGCUGCUAUUGGAGCUCUGCAGGAAGCUUGCGAGGCCUACUUGGUUGGACUAUUCGAGGAUACAAAUCUUUGUGCAAUUCAUGCAAAGAGAGUAACCAUAAUGCCGAAAGACAUGCAAUUGGCACGCCGAAUCAGAGGAGAUAAAUACAUGUCAGUUUGA